AUGCUGCUACGUUUGACCUUGCUGGCAACGGUCUGCUUCUGCGCCGCCCAGGCAGUGCUCAAUGGCAAGGAGCUGAAGCGCCGUGAGGCAGGCUUUGACACAUACGGACCACCGCCCCGGCCGGCACCACAGUACGGACCACCGCCACAGCAGCAGCAGCAGCAUGUGCCCCACCGCGAGUACGGGGUGCCGCAGCAGAUACCCUUCCGGGAGUAUGGACCGCCGGCCCUGAAGUACGGACCCCCGAAGCUCAAUUUCCUGGGCGGUGGGGGCGGCGGCGGCGGCGGCGGCGGCUCCAGUCUGCAUGAACAGAUCAAGACGCAUUUCGGUGUGCCCAAGCCGUUCUACGGACCACCCCACAUCCAGCACAAGCCGGCACCACAGUACGGACCACCCAAGCAGCAGUACGGCCCGCCGCCACCGCAGCCCGCCCCUCAGUACGGCCCACCACCACAGCCAGCACCGCAGUACGGCCCACCCCCCUCGCCUCAGUACGGGCCCCCACCGCCGCUGAAGAUCCAGCACCGACCGUCGCCGCAGUACGGGCCACCGAAACCCCAGUACGGACCACCCCCACCACCCCAGCACCUGCCGUCACCGCACUCGGGGCCCCUGUUCAAGCCCGCCCACCAGCCGGCCAGCUCCUAUGGACCGCCCGCCUCGGGACCCUUGAAUCUGCCGCCCAAGCCCCACUACGACGCCCCGCCGCCCAACUAUGGACCCCCACCGCUGCCCAUCUCGCUGCCGGGACCACAGCCGGCGAGCUUCAACCGUGUGCCAGAGACGACGAUCAUCCUCACAUCCGGCGGAGGACACCAUGGACAGCAGGGACCUGGUGGACCCAGUGGACCUAGUGGACCGAGCGGCCCAGGCGGACCAUUGAGUCAAGUGCAGAUCCAAAUUGAUGCCUCGGGGCACACACACAGCGUCAGCGGCUCCCAGGCGCCCUUCCACACGGCCUGCGACGGCUGGAAGCCCAUCCCGGCCCCGAUUGGAGCCUACGUGGAGCAGAAUCACAUCGAAACGCAAGGCGGCUACAGCCACGUGGCCCAGGGGCAUGGCGGCUUCGGUACUCAGUACAGUGGUGGGGCAGGAGCAGGAGUGGGUGCCACCGGAGGAGGCAGCAUCAUAGACGGCCUGUCCGAUGAGCAGCUGGUGGCCGUGGCCUUGCAGGGCGGCAACGAUGGUGGUAAUCUAAUCACAGGACCUGGGGCUGGACACCUGAACUCCAUCGAAUCGGAAGCUCUCCAGCUGUCCAUUGGAUCCCUGGAUGAUUCGUACUCGAAGCCACCGUCGGACUCCUUUGCUCCUGGAUCUGUGCACGCCCAGAAAUAUCAGACGAUUGGCUCCGGUCCCGGUCACGGACCUCCACCCCCACCCAGUGGAAACUAUGGACCCCCACCCAACGGAAACUUUGGACCCCCACCCAAUGGAAACUUUGGACCUCCACCGCCACCAAAUGGAAACUACGGGCCGCCACCACCGCCCAACGGAAACUACGGUCCACCGCCGCCGCAAUUUGCGGCUCUGACUAGCAGCAGCAGCCACGCCCAAUCGAACAGCCAGUCCCAUUCGAAUGUAAACAUCCAGUACGGUCCGCCCUCGGGUAACCCACAGCCAUUCCCCCAGCACGGAGCCGGGCAGCCCAACAAACCGGUAGCCUAUCGCCCACCAGUGCCCGCGGGGCUCCUGGAGUCGAUUGGAGCCACUGUCCAGCACUUGGACCAAUUUGGUGUGAAGCCAGCCCAGCAGCCACAGACGUACAUACCCCCCGCUGCCAACGAGAUUCCCGUGGGAGGUGGUGCACCACUGCCCGCACCACAGGCCUUGUACCAGCCACCCCCGCCACCACAGGGUGCUCCUCCACAGGUGAUUGUGCAGCAACAGCUGCCACAGCCACAAGCAGGACCCGCGUUCAUUCACCAGAAACCUGGAGCCCUGCAGCAAUAUGGUCCUCCCGGACCGCCACCACCGCCAGAGCCGCAAUAUCUGCCACCCCCACCGCCAGUGGCGAAUGUCCGUCCCCUCGGACCACCACCGCCGCCAUCGCAGCAGUACCUGCCACCACAGUUCUUCCAGCAACAGCAGCAGCAGCAGCAGCACCAACACCACCAGCACUCUGAGAACAGCUACAGUGCCUCGCAAUUCCAGCAACAGUUUGUCCAGAACCAGGGACUGCCCCUGCCGCAGCAGGCGCCGCGUUUCAAUCAGAUCCCCCAGCAGCAGCAGCAGCAGCAACAGCAGCAACAGCAGCAGCAGCAGCAGCCCAUCAUUGUCCAUGAUUGCGGACAUGGACCCAAUCUUGUGAGCAGCAAUGGUUACCAGGUGCAACAGCAACAGCAGCAGCAGCAGCAGAUCCAGCAACAGUUUGGCAGCAUCUCGGCGGCAUCCGCUGGGGCAUACAACGCCAUUGCCCAGAGCAUUCCAGUGGCCGAGCAGCAUACACAGUUUUUGACGGGUCCCGCCGACAGCUACGGACCACCGCCAUCUGGCAAUGACUUGGACUACGAUCAUGCGGGAUAUGCCUCGCAGAAGAACUCGGUGGCGGCAUUGCCAGAUGGCACGGAUCCCCAGCAGCUGCCCGGUCUGGAUGGCCUCAAUGUGAUCUCCGCCCAGAAAUCGCAGAGCAUUCAACUCGGCAACGGACAGCAGCCCCAGCAGAACUUCCAGGUGCAGUUUGGCGGAUCCCUGAGCCAGGGAGGCAACGGUAAUGGCAACGGUCCUCAGGGCAAUGCCGGUGGAGAGCAGAGUGCCAAUCACGAGGAGAUCCUCUCGCAGGGUCUGCUCCAGUCCAUUCUUACGGCCAUCGAGCAGCCCCAGAACCAGAACCAGAACCAGCAGCAGUCAUCGUUGCCGCAGAACCACAAGGCGCAGAGCCGCUCCGAUUUGGAUCAUGAUCAGGAGCAGGAUGAGGCAGAGGAUGCCAUGGAUGUGGAUGGGGAGGAGCACGAGCAUCAGGGUACGUCUGCCUCCAACAGAGUGGAGGUGCGCGUCCUGCCCGAUGCUGAUGCCCAGGAGGAGGAGGUGCCCGCUGAGGUCAAGGAGAUCGAGCCCAUUGUGGCCGCCGAUCUGCCCGAGGAGGAGGCCAAGCACUAG